UCAUAUUUUGUUUAGAAAUAAAAAUAAUAAUAACUAAAAUGAAUUUAAUAAAGAAGAGAGAGAGACACUUUUCUGGCAUACAGUGCUUAAACGUGACAGUGAAUAAAUGAAACAGAAAGAAAAGAAAAAGGCACAUAGUUUAAAAAGACAUACUGGGUGAGGGUCCUUUUCAAGUAAGACAAAUAAGUCCAUAAAUAAGUAAAUAAGUUUCUGGGCGUUUCUCUCCGUCACACAUUUAAGUGAUUUUGUGAAUAGAUUAAGAUCAUUCUUCCAACCCUUGAUAAAGGGCUUGACCUUUAAAUAAAUAAAUCUAUGAAUAAAAUGCUUACCUAACAGAAUCAAAUUAUUUAUCAGAUCAUCUAAAUUCUUGUCCUUUAUAAGUAAUCCAGCUUUAACCGACAUCAUAUCUAGUGGUUGUGGUCAAACAUUUUUGGAUUCACACUGGAAGAAAAUAUGUGCUACAGUCUCAAUAUCUCACAAAAUCCACAUGUUGUUGCUCCAAUUAAAUAUUAUUUCUUUGGCUUUAGGUAGGACUGGAUAGGAUAAAUAAUGUUUCCUUAUUUUCUUCUCCUCUUCAUCACUGUAUUGUUGAAGGAAAAUGACCAAAAAGAGUCUUUGUGCAGAAUAAAGGACUUCAGCCACUUCAAUUUCAGAUCCCCAUUCAUGACAGAGAAAUCUGUGGCAUUCAGGCCGCCCUGUUCGACAGCCUUCACGAUGUCAGCUUUCCUAAUCUAAUGGCAUUUGUUUUUCAAAUGAAGUUGGAAUUAACAUUGUUUAUUAAUCGAGUCAUUGCAUCUGAAAUUAAAAAAAAAAGAAAAAAAAAAAGUAAAAAGUGAAGUGUUUCAGUCUUUCCGAACCCGUGACGACGUGAAUGCAGCGCAGGCAGCGUCUUACGUGCAGUGCGCGCGGGGGCGGAAGUGGAAACUCUUGUCUUCCUGUUCAUCCCUUCCCAUCUUCGCUCGUACACAGCUACAUCGACUGGAGCUGGAAGGUGCUCCUGAACCCACCACAGUCUGACUUGACAGUAAUGGAUCAAAGUGGGGCCAGUGAGGGGCCUGGGCCAGGCAGAAGACCCCCCAUUCUCUCCGCCAGUACACCCAUGGGUGCCAAGAGGCAAGUAGCACAGAGUGGUCAAAUGUCCAAAGUGAAGAUAACGCCCUUCCACAGCUCACCCAUAGUCAGCGGUGUUGGAGCUCUGUGCAGCAAACGACCAGGAUCAGCUGCUGGGAAGCUGCUGGCCUCUCCUGGCAGCCUGUUUCUGGACACACCUGGACGUCUGACUGCUCCACCUGUUAGAGAGAGACACAUGGCUGCUACUGCUGGAGGCUCAGAGGAACAAACUCCCACCUCAGGCUCUUUAAAGGCUGCAACUGGAGAAAAAACACAGCCUGCGAACAAGAAGGCAGCACCACUCAACGCAGAGCUUUGUCACAGCCAGAGAGGCAAAGGCAAAGAGAAGAGAGCUGUCUCCACCUCUGCCAAACCUCCGCCAGCUGUGAAGAGGAAGAAGAGGAAGAUGGGAAUGUACAACCUGGUCCCCAAAAAGAAGACCAAGGCCCUUAAACAGCAGGAGAAGAAAGAGGAGCCAGGAGUCAGUGUGGAGAAGAGCCGAGCUGCAGCAGAUGAAAAAGCAGUGAUUCCACCAGAGGCUCUGAAGGUCGCAGAACAGACAGCUGUCAGAAAGGAAUCCCUGAAGGAAGCAGAAGCAGGAGAAGGCAGCCAUGUUGAAUACACAGAGCUGGCUUUGGACUGUCUUGACCUGAAGGCUCAGGAGGAGCUGCUCUCACCUCCCACCUCAGGUGUAGCAGUGGAUGCUGAUGUGACGGAAACACACCUGGCUGAGGAGUUACCUCUGUGCUGCUGUCGUAUGGAGACUCCUCACUGUGGAGGCAGCCUGUCCUCACUGGAGCAGACCUGCAUGGCCAUGGAAAGCACGGAUGGAACACCAAGUCCUUGCCAGAGACGAGUGAUGAAGCAGGAAAUGAUGCGACCCUCCAACGCGGUCCAGCUGCUGGUUCUGUGCGAGGACCACCGGGCCGGUAUGGUCAAACACCAGUGCUGCCCUGGCUGUGGACUCUUCUGCAGGGCGGGCACCUUCAUGGAGUGCAGGCCAUAUGGAAGCAUCUCCCACCGCUUUCACCGCAACUGUGCCUCCAUCUUGAAGGACUGCAGAUUUUGCCCUCACUGUGGAGAAGACGUCAGCGGAGCAAAGGAGGUCACGGUGCCGAAGGCCGAUCAGUCGCCCUCUGUACCCAGAUCUAACCCCAGGCUGUCACUUCCAGCUGUGCCCACGCUGGCCACCCUCCCCUCAGGACCAACCAGACCUGCUGUUCCACAGAUACUCAGAGCCAAGAAGACCAGCGAGCCUCAGAGGAACAGAGACGAGAGCCCGAGCAGGUUGAAAGGCGAGGCUGCAGAGAGACAACCUAAAGAGUCACUGGAGAGCAUCCUGAUGGCACUGGAUGAUGAGAACCUGAAACCAAAGAAAGUGAAAUACCCCACAAGGCAGCUGUACAUCUCUGCAAAGCAGGGAGAGCUCCAGAAGGUCAUUCAUCUCUUAGUUGAUGGGAAGGACCCCAACUUUUUGAUGGAGGGCCAAAGCAAACGCACCCCUCUCCAUGCCGCAGCUGCUGAAGGCCACCAUGAGAUCUGCCACAUGCUGGUCCAGGCUGGAGCCAACCUGGACAUGUUCGAUGAGGAGCAGAGAACACCACUGAUGGUGGCCUGUGAAAACAACCACCUGGACACAGUGAAGUACCUGCUUAGAGCUGGAGCAGCCAUCAGCCAAAAAGAUAUCAUGGGUUUCACCUGUCUGCAUCUGGCAACUAAACUGGGACAUUAUGACAUAGUCCAUCAUCUGGUGUCCAAGGCUUCCAAACACAUAAACUGUCAGGAUGACGGGGGAUGGACUCCCAUCACCUGGGCCAUCGAGUACAAGCACAAGGAGAUGGUCCGCCUGUUGUUGUCCAGAGGGGCCGAUGUUAACAUCAGAGACAAGGAGGAGAACGUCUGCCUGCACUGGGCGGCUCUGUCGGGCUGUGAUGACAUUGCCCAGGCUCUGCUGGAGGCUCAGUGUGACCUCAACGCCGUCAACGUUCACGGAGACUCGCCGCUCCACGUCGCUGCCAGAGAAAACUACCUGGAUUGUGUGACGUUGUUUCUGUCGUGUGGAGCUGAUGUCACUCAGAGGAAUAAGGAAGGACAGACAGCUCUGGACUGCUGCGCCUAUGGCUCCAACGUGUGGACGGCGCUCACCACCAACAAGAAACUCACUGAUGCCAGGAGAGGCAGGGACCGCUGUGGAGAGAGGAUGCUCAGCAGGGACAUCUCUCGGGGUUACGAGGCCAUUCCUAUCACCUGUGUUAACGGCGUGGACAGCGAGCCCUGCCCUCAAAACUUUAAAUACAUCCCAGACAACUGUGUCACCUCCCCACUGGACAUAGACAAGGACAUCACUCACUUACAGCACUGCAGCUGCACAGACGACUGCUCAUCCAGCACCUGCAUGUGUGGUCAGCUCAGUCUACGAUGUUGGUAUGACAGUGAUGGUCGACUGCCUCUGGACUUCUGUCAGCGGGAGCCCCCGGUGCUGUUUGAGUGUAACCACGCCUGCUCCUGCUGGAGGACUUGCAGGAACCGGGUGGUCCAGAAGGGACUGAGAGCUCGGCUGCAGCUCUUCAGGACACAGACGAUGGGCUGGGGAGUGAGGGCCAUGCAGGAUAUCCCUCAAGGAACAUUCAUCUGCGAGUAUGUGGGGGAGAUCAUCACUGACGCAGAGGCUGACAAAAGGGAGAACGACUCCUUCCUCUUCACCCUCGACAAUAAGGUGAAGGAAGUACACUGUAUUGAUGCAAGACUUUUCGGGAACAUCGGCCGCUUCAUCAACCACCUGUGUGAGCCCAACUUGCUGGCUGUGAGGGUGUUCACCAUGCACCAGGACCUACGCUUCCCCAGGAUAGCCUUCUUCUCCAGUCGGUCCAUCAAAGCUGGAGACCACAUAGGGUUUGACUACGGUGAUCACUACUGGAGGGUAAAGAGCAAGUACUUCAGCUGCCAGUGUGGUUCCGUCAAGUGCCGCCACUCAGCCUCUUGCAGAGAGAAGGUCCCUGAUGAUGACCCCUGAUCUCUGUGUGUUUCUGUCUCCUCUCUAAUGUCAGAAACUGUCUCCUCAACCAGACACCACAUUUUCAUCAGGUGAACACCAGCAGGAUUUUACGGUUUUCGUUUGAAUUCCCAGUUUUAAAGCAGCAAAUGAAAGAUGAAUACAGUUCAAAUGUGUCAUCCAAGAGCUCAGGAUGUGACUUAUUUAUACAUGAGGUCAAGUUUCUAUAUGAAGAAGAAGAAGAAAUACUGUAUGUGAGAGAGGGUCUUACUAGUUUUUAAAGAGCCAACAAUCAGGUUAAAAAAUCUUAACAUGAUUUUAACAUCCACAGACUCUUUUUAAUACUGCAAACUGUUGUAUCUGUGAGUUAAUGAACUAAUGUUUUUGGUAGUCUGAUCUCUUCUAUGAACUUUUUACGACACGUCUAAGUAGCAAUUAAACACAUUUUUAAAGCA